CCAUUUCCAAAUAAAUCUAAUUAUAAAUGAACAUUUGGUAGGAACCAUCUGCCAUUUUCAGCUCCAAAACAUGGAAUCCCAUCAUGUCCAAGUUCUCUCUCUCCUUCUGAUCCUCUGUUUCACCUCAUCCCAAACAGCACCUUCAUCACUUAUCCUUCCCAUCUCAAAAAACUUCCCUUCUCUUCAAUACACCACAAAUCUCAGCCUUGGAACUCCUCCCAACCCCAUAACUGUAACCAUAGACCUUGCCGGACCCUUCUUAUGGCUAAGCUAUGACCAAACCUUAUCUUCUUCUUUAACUCUCCAUUCUGCCCAUUGUCAUUCCCUCUUAUGCUCACUUGCCCAUUUCAGUCAAACCAAAACCUUAUGCAAUAAAAACAACAGCUGCAUUCUUUAUCCCAACAAUAACACUCAAGGAGAGCUAACUCUUGAUGUUUUAACACUCCAUGCAUCAAAUGGACUAAAACCAACAUCAAUUGUAAACAUCCCAAACUUUCCUUUCUUAUAUUCAUCCACAAAAACUCUUCCUAUAGGCCUAGUUGGACUCGGGUCUAGCCAAUUCGGGUUGCCAAAACAGCUCGCGGGUUCCUUCAAUUUCGCCCCGAAAUUCGCCAUUUGUCUCCCUCGGGAGUCAAGAGAAGGUUAUGGAGUUAUGUUCUUUGGAGAUGAGCCUUAUGUUUUUUCGCCCGGUAUUGAUGUCUCAAAGUUGCUUACAUAUAUUCCUCUUGUUAACAUUGUUAGGCCUAAGAGUAGAAGCAAUGUUACCAUGUUUAGGAAGUCAUAUGAUUACUAUGUUAUUAUUAAAUCUAUAUGGGUAAAUGGUAAAAAUAAAUUGCAUUUUAACUCAUCAUUGUUAUCUAUUGACAAGCAAGGAAAUGGAGGGACAAGGUUUAGUACUAUUCAUCCUUAUUCAAUUAUGGAAAGCUCUAUAUUUAAUUCUCUUGCUAAGGUUUUUAUUGAGGAGGGUUUGGCUUCAAAUUUGACAUUGGUGCCGCCGAUUGAACCAUUUGGUGUAUGUUUUGGUACGAGGGAGGCUAAUGGGGGAAUACCCAUUAUUGAUCUUGUGUUCCAAGAUGAUUACUCCGUGUUUUGGAGAAUCUUUGCGACAAAUUCAAUGGUACAAAUGGAUAAUGAUAUUGUGUGCCUCGGUUUUAUAGAUGGUGGGGUGAAAGCGACUACUUCAAUUGUGAUUGGAGGGCUUCAAUUAGAGGAUAAUUUGUUGCAAUUUGAUUUGGCUAAUUCAAGAUUAGGAUUUACUUCUUCCUUAUUGCUUAGGCAAACCGAUUGUUCGAGUUUUGACUUUUCAUCUAUGUGACAUAUGAAUCUUGACUUGGCAUGUAAUUUAUUUUAUUUGUGUUUUUGGUAGAUUUUGAAAAAAGGUUUUUUUUA